AUGGCAAAUACGUUAAAAAAUGAUGACAUCGUGAAGUUUUCUUAUGCGAUGGAUCAAAUUGCUAAAUUGAUAGCUCAAAAUAAGAAACAAUCUUCAGUAGCUAAUUCAGAAUAUGAGAAAAAAAUGAAGGAAUUAGAUAAGUUGAUUAACCUUUUGUUGGGAUUAUCAAAAUCUACUUCUUCAAAAGGCUAUAGUUUGAACACUUCUAAGUUAGAUGAGAUACUUAAAGAAGGGUUCGAAGUAGUGACAAAGGGAAAUGAUGAAAAAUAUAUCAUGUUACCUAUUCAAGAAGAACCCCAAGGCCCUCUUGAAGACAUAAAAAAGGGUGAAGUUCAUAUUAAGAAGUCUAAAAAUAAGAAGAAGAACAAAAUACGAUGCUCUUAUUGUAAUGAAACGGGACAUACUAGAGCCAAAUGCGAAAUGAAAUUGAUGACACCGAUAAGGGAACAUUAUAAUCAAUGA